UCCGCCCGCCGGGCCGGACCGGGGCUGCCAUGGGGCGGCCGCUGUGAGCGCGGCGGCGGCGGGGCUGCGCCUCUCGCCCCGGCCGGGGCUCCCCUCCAUUGUUCCCGGGAGCGGCGGCACCGCGCCGCCGCCGCCGCCCGCGGGGCUCCGCUUGUAGGGGCUGCCAGCCCUGCGGAGACCCCCCUGCGCCCGCCCGGGGCCCCCAUGGAGUGGCAGUUGCGGAGCCCAGUCGCCGAGCAGUAGCCGCAGCAGUGGGAUGUGGACCUGGCGGUGCCUCAUCCUUUGGGCUGUGCUGGUCGCAGCCGCGCUCUCCGCUGCCCGGCCGGCCCCCACCCUGCCCGAGCAAGCUCUGCCCAAAGCAAAAAUCGAAGUGGAGUCGUACUCAGCCCACCCCGGUGACCUCCUCCAGCUGCGCUGCCGGCUGCGGGAUGACGUCCAGAGCAUCAACUGGGUGCGUGACGGCAUCCAGCUGGCCGAGAACAACCGGACGCGCAUCACCGGGGAGGAGGUAGAGGUCAGGGACGUGGUGCCCGAGGACUCGGGGCUCUACGCCUGCAUGACCAACAGCCCCUCGGGGAGCGAGACCACCUACUUCUCCGUGAACAUCUCAGACGCUCUCCCCUCUGCAGAGGAUGAUGAUGACGAAGAUGAUUCCUCGUCAGAGGAGAAGGAGGCGGAUAACACCAAGCCGAACCAGGCCAUCGCUCCCUACUGGACCUAUCCUGAGAAGAUGGAGAAGAAGCUCCACGCCGUCCCCGCUGCCAAAACAGUGAAAUUCAAAUGUCCAUCGAGCGGGACGCCCAACCCCACCCUGCGCUGGCUGAAGAACGGCAAAGAGUUCAAACCUGACCACCGCAUCGGGGGCUACAAGGUCCGCCAGGCAACCUGGAGCAUCAUCAUGGACUCGGUGGUGCCAUCGGAUAAGGGCAACUACACCUGCAUCGUGGAGAACAAGUACGGCAGCAUCAACCACACCUACCAGCUGGACGUCGUGGAGCGGUCCCCGCACCGGCCCAUCCUGCAGGCAGGGCUGCCUGCCAACAAGACAGUGGCCCUGGGCAGCAACGUGGAGUUUGUCUGCAAGGUCUACAGCGACCCCCAGCCCCACAUCCAGUGGCUGAAGCACAUUGAGGUGAACGGCAGCAAGAUCGGCCCCGACAACCUGCCCUACGUGCAGAUCCUGAAGACGGCUGGCGUUAACACGACAGACAAAGAAAUGGAAGUCCUUCACUUAAGGAAUGUCUCAUUUGAGGAUGCUGGGGAGUAUACAUGUUUGGCGGGUAAUUCUAUUGGGAUCUCCCAUCACUCUGCAUGGUUGACAGUUCUCGAAGCUAUUGAGGACACCCCGGCCAUGAUGACGUCUCCCUUCUACCUGGAGAUCAUCAUCUACUGCAUAGGAGCCUUCCUCAUCUCCUGCAUGGUGGUGACCAUCAUCAUCUACAAGCUGAAGAGCACCACCAAGAAGACGGACUUCAACAGCCAGCUGGCCGUGCACAAGCUGGCCAAGAGCAUUCCCCUGCGCAGACAGGUGUCGGCCGACUCCAGCUCCUCCAUGAACUCGGGCGUGAUGCUGGUGCGGCCCUCGCGCCUCUCCUCCAGCGGCACCCCCAUGCUGGCCGGCGUCUCCGAGUACGAGCUCCCCGAGGACCCGCGCUGGGAGCUGCCCCGGGACAGGCUGAUCCUGGGCAAGCCUCUGGGAGAAGGGUGCUUCGGCCAGGUGGUGCUGGCAGAAGCCAUCGGCCUUGACAAGGACAAGCCCAACCGUGUGACCAAGGUGGCGGUGAAGAUGCUCAAGUCCGACGCCACAGAGAAGGAUUUGUCUGACCUCAUCUCUGAGAUGGAGAUGAUGAAGAUGAUUGGCAAGCACAAGAACAUCAUCAACCUGCUGGGAGCCUGCACGCAGGAUGGACCCCUGUAUGUGAUCGUGGAAUAUGCCAGCAAGGGCAACCUCCGGGAGUACCUGCAGGCGCGGCGGCCCCCGGGCAUGGAGUACUGCUACAACCCCAGCCGCGUCCCCGAGGAGCAGCUCUCCUUCAAGGACCUGGUCUCCUGCGCCUACCAGGUGGCGCGGGGCAUGGAGUACUUGGCCUCCAAGAAGUGCAUCCACAGGGACCUGGCGGCCAGGAACGUGCUGGUGACAGAGGACAACGUGAUGAAGAUCGCUGACUUCGGGCUGGCCCGGGACAUCCACCACAUCGAUUACUACAAGAAGACGACAAAUGGCCGCCUGCCAGUGAAGUGGAUGGCCCCCGAGGCUCUCUUCGACCGAAUCUACACCCACCAGAGUGACGUGUGGUCCUUCGGGGUGCUGCUGUGGGAGAUUUUCACGCUGGGUGGGUCACCCUACCCCGGUGUGCCCGUUGAGGAGCUCUUCAAGCUGCUGAAGGAAGGUCACAGGAUGGACAAGCCCAGCAACUGCACCAACGAGCUGUACAUGAUGAUGCGGGAUUGCUGGCACGCCGUCCCUUCCCAGAGACCCACCUUCAAGCAGCUGGUGGAAGACCUGGACAGGAUCGUGGCCAUGACCUCCAACCAGGAGUACCUGGACCUGUCCAUGCCUCUGGAUCAGUAUUCUCCCGGCUUCCCGGACACGCGCAGCUCCACCUGCUCCUCGGGAGAGGACUCUGUGUUUUCCCACGACCCGCUCCCGGACGAGCCGUGCCUUCCCAAGUUCCCCCCUCAGCACAGCAACGGUGGACUGAAGCGACACUGAGGGUGGCACUGCCAGGGGUGCCGUGCCCGUGGACGCUGCCUGCGCAGCCUGGUUGUGCUGAGCUGUCGCAGAAAGGGUUCAGAGACAUCCGUAGCAUCUCACCUAACCAAAACCACCCACCUCCUGCCAGCCUCUCCUGCCGCUCGUGCCAGCUCUCCACUGCCCAAAGGGUUCGGCUCCGGGGUUUUCAUGGCGUUUCCUCCUUUCGUUUUUAAACCUCUUUUCCGUGAAUUCUGUGCUUGAGUACUCCCACUUGGCUGAGCUGAAAUCCUCUCCCGUGGGCAUUGCAUGGCCAAAGAGCCAGCCGGGCAUCCCGGGAUGGCACGUCCUGGUCGGGCACAGGGAGCCGGGCUGGUCUGCCACUCGGAGAACCUGGUGAGCCGGGAGCAGAGCCCGGCUCCUGCGGCUGCACAAGGGGGAGCCUUGGCACUCUGGGAGCCUUGGUGUGCCGGGAGCCUCACCGGUGUGCUGGGAGCCUCACUGGUGUGCCAGGAGCCUCACCGGUGUGCUGGGAGCCUCACCAGUGUGCCAGGAGCCUCACCAGUAUGCCAGGAGCCUCACUGGUGUGCCAGGAGCCUCACCGGUGUGCCGGGAGCCUCACUGGUGUGCCGGGAGCCUCACUGGUGUGCUGGGAGCCUCACUGGUGUGCCAGGAGCCUCACUGGUGUGCCAGGAGCCUCACCAGUAUGCCAGGAGCCUCACCGGUGUGCUGGGAGCCUCACUGGUGUGCCUGGAGCCUCACUGGUGUGCCGGGAGCCUCACUGGUGUGCCAGGAGCCUCACUGGUGUGCCAGGAGCCUCACCAGUAUGCCAGGAGCCUCACCGGUGUGCUGGGAGCCUCACUGGUGUGCCUGGAGCCUCACUGGUGUGCCGGGAGCCUCACUGGUGUGCCAGGAGCCUCACCGGUGUGCCAGGAGCCUCACUGGUGUGCCAGGAGCCUCGGCAUGCUGGGAUCCUUGGCGUGCUGGGCCCCUCAGUGUGCCCGGAGCCUCGUGGUGUGGCUCAGCCCUCUCUGCCCAGGAUGCCCCCGGGCCACAGGACCAGCACCUGUGGGCUUCGCCGAGCCACGCCCAGCACAUCCUGGGCAGGAGCCCUGCACUGCUCAGAGGCACCGAACCCACCUGUGCUAAACCCAGAGUCCCGUGUACAUAACGAAAAAUAUGUAUAAAUAUGAAUAUAUAUUUACAUGUCUUUUUAAAAAGGGUUGUUACCAGAGAUAUACCAGUUUGGUAGGAAGGUACUAGUGGCUGGUAGAUAUCAGUUGCUAUAAAAAAAAAAAAAAGUCAUAUAUUUUGCUAUUUUUGCUGUUUUUAUUUUUUUAAAUUAUGUUCUAAACCUAUUUCAGUUUAGGUCCCUCGAUAAGAAUUGCUGCUGCUGCUUCAGUUUUAUAUGGGGUUGUAUUAAACAGUAAUAAUAAUGUGUCGAUGCCUUUGGGGAAUAAUCCGUUGUCAUUACGUGCCUGGCCUUGCCCUGGCCCCGGGGCUCCGGCGGGGCUGUGGCCCGUGGCCCCGCGUUGGGACGGUGCCCCGGGGAGGGAUGGAGGGAUGGAAGGAUGGAGGGAGGGAUGGAGGGAUGGAUGGAGGAUGGAGGGAUGGAGGGGGCUGUCCCCUGCCCGGGGGAGGAGCGGGGGGCGCCGCGGGGCUCCGGCGCGGCUCGGUGCCAGCCCCGCUCCCCGGGCGGUGCCUGCCAGUGCCUUACCGGGGGAGCAGCCCCGUCCCAGCUCUGCCGUCCGCGCUCCCCGGGCUGUCCCAGGGCCCCGGCUCUGCUCCACCGCGCUGCACCGGCACGGACGGACGGACGGACGGACGGACGGACGGACGGGGCACUCCCACCUGAAACCCCCUCCCUCCCUUGCCGCCGGUGCCGAGACGCUGGAGCCAGGCCGCUGUUACUUGAAAAGUUUAUUUUGCCUUUGUAUGGAGAAAUAUUAUUUGUUGUAAACUCUUCUGUAAUGAAUCUGGAAUCCUUGUAAUUAUUAAAGACUUUAACCGCGA